AUGUCAACUCAGACCCAGCCCUCAAUGGUGGGCAAUAACGGGCCCCUGGGACCUACGGAAGGUCAGAAAGACGUUAAUGGUACCAAUCCACCUAGAAGAAGAACAGCAAGAGACUAUCAAUUUGGCACUAGGAUCGGCGAGGGCUCUUACUCGACCGUCUAUUCUGCCAUGGAUCUCUACAACAACAAGACGUAUGCCAUAAAAGUUCUCCUGAAACGCCAUAUCGUGAAAGAAGACAAGAUAAAGUAUGUUAAUAUUGAGAAGUCGACGUUACACCGCUUGGGCCAACAGCAUCCAGGUAUUGUCCAGCUUUACUAUACAUUCCAGGACGAUGCCAGUCUCUUCUUCGUAUUGGAUUUCGCCGAAUACGGCGAGCUUCUUUCCAUCAUCAGCAAGUUUGGCUCCCUUUCAGAGCAAGUACUGAAGUUCUAUAUGAUUCAAAUAAUUGACGCUGUUAAAUUCAUUCACCUGAAGGGAGUCAUACAUAGAGACUUGAAGCCAGAGAAUAUCUUGGUUGGCUACGAUUUUAAUUUGAAGAUUACCGAUUUUGGUGCUGCAAAGCUACUUGGGGAAGUUGAAGACCCUCAGGGCGAAGCCAUUAAUUAUGACACAGUGCUGGAGAAACCGCAAAAGGAUAGGCGUGGAUCUUUUGUGGGUACGGCCGAAUAUGUUCCCCCUGAAUUACUUCAAUACAAUGAAUGUGGUUUCGAAAGUGAUGUUUGGGCCCUUGGAUGCAUCUUGUAUCAGUUUUUCAACGGGCUUCCUCCAUUUAAAGGUCCCACAGAGUACUUGACGUUCGAGAAAAUUAUCGGCGUCAACUAUACCUAUAGAAACCCUGUACCUCCAGGGGUCAAAGAAAUCGUUGAUCAGACUCUCAUUGCCGAGGCACAUCAGAGACUCACAAUUCUGCAGAUUCAAUCGAAGGCUUGGUUUGCUGGAGUACCGUGGGACGAUCGGAACUUCAUAUGGAAUCGAAAAGUGCCCAGGUUCGAGCCUUAUCACCCCGGUGCUCCACCAGCAUCGCAACAGAACUUCGGAACUCCAGCCAUGAAGUCAGGCCCAAUGAUGCAAAAACAGGCAGCUUCACCCGGGCAAAGACGCCCUAUGCCUCGAACGCAUAACUCUACCCCAUCUCAACCUGGUGGUAUCCCCGUUUUAGAGAACAAGAUGGCAGAGACACAGAUAUCGUCAGGACAUUCGUCUCCUCGCUCUCCACAGUACAAAGAUUUACGCUCUGGUACCGCAUUCGCCAGACCAUCAUCUCGACCUAGCUCUGCCUCUAGCAGCUCGCCUACUUCGCCCAAGUUGCCACAGGGAAAUGGUGCCUCGCUGGCUGCUAAGAGUGCUGCAAAUCUCUCUGCCAACAGAGCUACCAGCGCAAGCAAACCAAAACCACAAGCGGAACGUGCACGCACACCUGUUAAGAAACCAAUCGUCGAGAAGUCUCCGGAGCCGGCUCCAAAUACUGUUACUUUCAAGGAAAUCUCCUCCUUUUUGGAGCCAGAUGAGAAGGUUAUUAAACUUGAUACAAUCCUUAAGCUGCAAUUAAGUAACAAGCUUAUCGAUCGAAAGCCGGGUAGCAUCGAUGAUGAAACAAUCGAACGUCUUGUCGAUAGAUAUCAGGAUGUGCUCGAUAGAAAUAUGGUUCCCGUGGUUGCUUGCGUCAGUAACAAGGCCCGGAUCUUUUUGAUUUAUGAAAAUCUUGAAGUCAUGCUGGUUGAUCUCACUGCGAACCAGGGAGGAGAUUAUCUGAUGUAUGACUAUGAGUUUGAAAGUGUUUACGUUGACGACGAAGACACGAGUCCUUCCCAUGGUGAAGAGGUCUACGGGUAUCUUAUCCUUGAAUUGAUUAAAGAAGGCGGGGAUCUCGUGUUCCUUAAACGAGUUAAGGACGAUCAGAAAUUCAAGUAUGAGAAGUCUGCUCGUGUUGUUGAUAAAAAAGGCGAUGUGGUACGUAUUGGAGAGCACUUAGGUUGGAUUGAUUGCUUGAUCUGGGCCAAGGACUUGGUUAGCGAACAAGCUAAGCAGCCCAAAAAGACAAACAGCAAGAAAGCUGCAACCAAAACUGCUCCGAGAGCUUCCUCAAAAACACUCACCAAGAACGGCGCCAAAUCUGGUGGAUCGAGGUCGUCCUCCUCCUCUCAAAAGGCACCACCCAAGAAGUCCGGUAACGUAUUAGCAUACGCUGCAGCUGCCGCUGCUGGCAGAUAG